AUGGGUCCCUGUACGGCCUCCCAUUGCUGCUGUCUCCAUCGCCACACUCUGCCAUGUGCCACUUUCAGGUCUCCUCACACUCCUGCUGGUUUCCAUUUUGUCAUAGGUUGCUGUAUGGCCUCCCAUUGCUGCUGCCUCCACCGCCACACUGUGGCUCCAAACACUGGUUUUGGCCCCGUGACUGGCCAAAUGAGUGAAGUGUGCGGUGAUUCUAAGAUCGACGGCACUCAUCUGCAUGUCAUACUGAGUGACAGUAUUAUUUCUCUUCCCCAGCAGACUCCAAGGGCAUUUAAAUUAAAGGUACAGUGUUCUGCACUAAUAUUA